CCUACAAGCGCAUUCCCAAAAUCAUCCAAUUAACUUAGCACAAAACAUCUUAAAAAAAUAUCCUAUCCAAUUCUUUUGAGAAAAUUCAUGGCAUCCAAAACACCAACAUUCUCCUCAUCCGCAACCUUUCUCCUCAUCAACCUUCUCUUCUUCACUCUACUCACCGCCUCACAUUCUUGUGGCACUUGCGGCAACCCAAGCCCAGGUGGAACGGGCGGCGGUGGAAGGGGCGGCGGGAAUGGCGGUGGAAGAGGUGGCGGUGGAACGGGGGGCGGUGGAAUGGGGGGCGGGGGAGGCGGUGGAACGGGGGGCGGGGGUGGCGGUGGCGGUGGAACGGGCGGCGGAGGUGGCGGUGGAACGGGCGGCGGAGGAGGAUCCGCAGCAAGGUGCCCCAGAGAUGCUCUAAAACUGGGUGUAUGUGCAAACGUACUUGGGUUGAUUAGAGUCUCCAUCGGCGCUCCUCCUACGCUCCCGUGCUGCAGCUUGCUUCAAGGCCUAGCAGACCUUGAGGCAGCGCUUUGCCUUUGCACCGCCAUUCGAGCAAAUAUACUGGGGAUCAAUCUAAGCCUUCCAGUUACUCUCAGUCUCGUUCUCAACAAUUGUGGUAGAAACCCUCCUAACGGCUUCAUCUGCCCUUAGCCCAUGCAUGCGUGCAAACUAUUUCUGGCUUUUUACUCUUCGUCUCCAGAUUGUCUCCAGCUCUUAGUUCGUUCUCUUCAAUUGGUGAUUUGUGCACCUUUCGCGUGAGUGUAUUCGUCGUGCUUGUUUUGUGUAUGAAUUAUGCAAAGGUUGGAAAAACUGCUAUACUUUUUGUGCAUCACAUUCUGCAAUACUUUUAAUGUAACACAUAUAAUGAAAACGUGUGCUUUUAUAUA